CGUCUGUCAUGAGUCGAAGUGUGAACUUCCUCUCCUCUAGCGCUAUGCUACCGGUGUUUUGGUUGAUAGUCGCCGUAAUCUUCAACGAUGCGACCGCGACUGCGAGAAAUUACGAAAAAGAUUUCGAGGAUAAACUCAGUUUACUAGGCCCAAGGAGUUUAAUCGAGAGUGUUAACAAGGAUGAGAUCGCUCAGAAUUACACCUGCGGUCGGGAUCUCGCUAUACUGGGUAAGGCGAUCACAAAGCAGGAAAUGUGGGCUAUGAAAAUGUUGGACGCCUCGUCGAAAAUCCCCUCGGGCCUCCUGGAAGGCAAUACCAUCGACCUUGGUAUGUUUGACGAAUGCAUGAGUGUCAAAGGCGAGUCACAAGGUAUAGAGAUUCGUGGUAAUCAUUGCAUGUACUCGAUCACAUUGACCAACGGCAACGCUACUCUCCCCAUAACUCCAACCCUUUCAAUCUGUAUGCCAAGUACUUGCAAUGGCUCGGAUAUUGUUCAUAUGUUUGAUAGCCUGAUCAGCACGAUAAAUGAACUGAAGAAUAUUAAGAUAGUUAUUUCGUCAGCUACUUGUACGCCAGCAGAUGAAGAAAUUUGUGAUACAGAGUUCACUGUUUGUUUUUCGAUCCUCAUCGCAUUCACGGGUUUACUUCUCUUCUGCACUCUCUGCGAUGUCAUCCUUUGGCAACGUGAUACUGGCAAGUACAAGUAUCCCGUACUUUCGACCCUUGCCAAGUUUUCAUUUAUAAAAAGUGCUUCGUCGAUACUUAGCACAAAUGUCAGAGAAGGUAACCUACCAGCUAUCCAUGGUAUUCGAUUUCUCUCUAUGGGUUGGAUAGUCUUGGGACACGAAUAUAACGUGUAUUUUCUUAGCGCAAAUGUCAACACUGCCAGUAUACUGAACUGGGCUCAAUCUUGGAAAUCAUUGUACAUCUUUACCGCUCCGUUCGCAGUGGACACAUUUUUGACGAUAAGUGGUUUCCUCAUGACGUACCUGUUUUUAAAACAAAUGCCAAAACAGAAGAGUUUCAACGUGCCUAUGUAUUAUUUGCACAGAUACUUCAGAUUGACCCCUGCCUUAAUAGCUUUGCUAAUAUUUUCUAUUGUAUUCGUGCCGAAAAUCGGCUCUGGACCUCUCUGGGAUAAGCUAAUUCCCGUAUUUGUAGGAAGUUGUCGUGAAAAGUGGUGGAAAAAUUUAUUGUACGUACAAAACUUUGUUGAAAAGGAAAACAUGUGUUUGGGUCAUUUAUGGUAUUUGGCAGUAGACAUGCAGUUGUUCUGGAUAUCACCAAUAUUUAUAUCCUCUUUACAAAAAAACAAAAUUAGGCCUAGCUGUUGUACUCGUAUUUUUUUUAGCCUCCUUGAUAGUUCCAGGAGCGAUUACAGGAAUCAACAAGAUACUGCCUUUUCUUUUAUCAAUAGUAAAAAUAAUUUACAAUUAAAUUCGGAAGUUUAUAAAAUGCCUUACAAUCGAGCUGGUCCGUGGCUUAUUGGAAUCUUGCUUGGCUUCGAAGUAGCUAACAAUAAUCGAAGGCUGGGAAAGUCGGCUAUUUUAGCCGGUUGGUUGAUAACAAUCGGAGCCUUUGCGUUCUGCACUUUUGGCACACGAAGUUUUAUGGAAACUUCCUAUGAGUAUAAUGUCAUUUGGGAAUCAUUUUUCACCGCUGUAUCAAGGCCAAUCUGGGGACUAGGAGUUUGUUGGAUCAUCUACGCUUGCCUUCAUAAUUAUGCUGGACCAGUAUCGUACGUUUUAUCUUGGAAGUUUUUGCUACCCUUGAGCAGAAUAUCUUACUGCGUUUACCUCGUGCAUAUCGUCAUUCAACUAAUGCAUCAAUCAGCAAUCAGGAUUCCUAACUACUUUUCCGAUUACUAUAUUUGGCAUGAUUUUCUUAGCCACUUGGUGACAUCUGUAGUGAUCGGUUUUUUCUUCAGUUUGCUGUUCGAAUCUCCCUUCAUGGUUCUAGAAAAGAUGCUCUUCAGAAGAAAACGUGCAAGUGCCAAGGAGUCGCAAGAAAAUCUUAGAUCAGAAGGUUCUAAAGAUGAGCAAGCUUAAUGCUAUUUUAAAAAAAUCGCGUGCCGAUUUGUAUCGAA